AUGAAGCAAGCACUAGCAACUGGCCCACACAGCACCCAUACAGCUACAAGCUGCAAGGACGAGGUUGGGGCGGGCGAGAUGGACCGUAGCAUUCCUAGAAUAUGCGGCAGGGACGGCAAGAGUGGUGGGCGAGAUAGAGUAGACGAACAACGCUGGAAGAACUUUGGAGAGGAAACCCGAAAAUCCCAGAUGCGAGAGGCAAUGGUGACAGCAGCCAUCAAGAGGGACAGUGAAAAAGCACUUAUCGUGGGGAUGGCAAGCACGGGCCAGACCGCCCACAGCACGGACGUUGCGAUAUAUGACAUUCGAGAGGUUCAAGAACAAAUCGCGGGUGGAAAUAUCACAUUUGUCGGCACAACGCAAAGGACUACCGACUAUCAAGGGUCAGUUAUUUCUAGCAAAGGCCUCAGGAACGACACACCCGCUAUGCCAGAACAGACUGACAUCAGCGGUACUUCUGUUCCCAAUGCACGGAACGACAGGCAAAGCCAAGAUCAGGUGUGGAUUGCAGAGGCCUCCAGUGGAAGCUGCUCGACCACCACAGAGGGGGGCAUACUGGACGACAAGACGGCAAUGGCGAGAGGGAAUACAGAGACGAGGGAGACUUGGACUCCCGACAAAGAUAUCGAUGAAGUACCUGGGCGAUGGAGCAACGGCAGAACAAUCUGCGAACCAGCAGGAUUCGAUCGAGGAUCUAGCAUGCCAUCAAUGGGGCUGAGAGCCGAACAGGACAUGUAUGAAGAAGACAUCCUCACACAAGGGCGGAAUAUCGACGAAUACUGGCCGAGUGCCAGUUUCGCAACACAUUCACCCAGCAUCUACACAACACGCAUUUGGGAUAACCCACAGCCAGGGAUCGUUACAAGGCCACCGGCAGCGCGCAGACAUACACGGAAGGACGGAACACGAUUUGAUGAUCUAGAAGCUGCACGUAGUGACUUGCACGAGGGACAUAAGAUACAAACAACCAGGGUGACCAGAGAGCGCGCAAUAUCAAUGGCGGCGACGACACAGCUAGAUGGGGGAUGGGUCACGAUGUUCAUGGCCGCUCCCGCCAUUUUGAUGCAGAUGCCGAACCAGUCGCAUUCUGGUGCUGUCGACAUUGCAUUCAUCGGGAGUGUCGUGGGACUGGUGUUUGCCAUGCCAUGGAACAAUGCACGAAUGGAGACACUAACAGGCGUGAUAAUCUUGUGCCUAGCUUGGCUGUCGAAUAUGGUCGUCUUCAUCACGUUCCAAUUUGCUAACACUGACAUUGUCGCUCACAAUUUCAACGAUGACGGAUAUACUCGCAAGGGUUACGGCACGCUCGCUAUUCACGCGGUCGGCCGGAAAGCCGUCGCCAAAGGUGCAAGGAAGGUCAUACCACAGAGGUUCUCUCAAUCCUCAUACAGCGUAAGGUUGAGGCGUGAAACUGUCGCAGAAUUCGCCGCGCAGGUGACCUCCCACGUCUCUCCAGCCAGGACAAGAAAAGCACCUAUUGGCCCGCGAGUUUUACAGCGGAAUCGUUACUCUGCGCGUGGGGUAAACUGGAAGGCGGCCGGAAAGGGGCUAAAGAAGGCAGUGGGUAUCGAUAUAAAGGUCUUACCCGCGCUCGCGAGUCGCGAGCUUGAGGACAAGCCUAACUCGUGGCUCGCGAAGUCUACGCGCAACUGA